AUGUCGGGCGAUAUCGUCCGCUUCCAAGGUCAAAAGGUCAGAAAGGUCAGGAAUUCUCCGCUUGAAGUAUCCGUGAUAUCUCUCGUUCUUGGAGACGGUCGCAUUUCUACCCGCUCGACUACGACAUGGUGGCAGCGGUCACACGUUAGUGGAACAGCCCAGUUCACGUACUUUGGAAUGUCCACCCAAGACUUAGCAACAGCGGCCGGCGAACCUACGGCUACGCCUGCGCCUGCGCCACCUGCGUUCAACCCGUUUGCGGUAGAACUUCCAGACAAGUUCGAUUUUCGACAACCGGAGGGGUGGAAGCGCUGGGUGACGAGAUGGGAGCGGUACCGGAUCAUAUCGGGCCUGCAGAAGCAGGACAGCUCGACACAGGUGAACACGUUCCUGUACGCUAUGGGGACCGGGGCAGAGGACGUCCUCGUUUCCAUGCGACUAACGGACGAAGUAGCCAACGACUACGACAAGCUCAAGUCAGCCUUCGACAAGUACUUCGUUCCAAGCCGGAACGUGAUCUACGAGCGCGCGCGCUUCAACCUGCGCUCUCAGUUGGAACACGAAACUGUGGAAGAAUUCGUUAAGGAGCUACACCGGCUAGCAGAGUUCUGCGAGUUUGCUUCGCUCAAAGAAGAACUCAUUCGAGACAAGCUGGUUGUUGGCCUCCGGGACAGUCGUCUGAGUGAACGGCUACAAUUGGACUCCCAACUCACACUGGAGUUAGCGGUGACAAUGGCCCGCAACUCUGAGGCUGUGAAGGGCCAGCAGAAUCUUCUUCGCGGGAACGAACCGCCAUCGCAGGCACCGACGUCGAAUACCACGCUAGACGUCGUCACUUCUAGCAGGCCAGCUUCACACAAGGGACGGCAGUCUGAAGCCCGGCCUCCAGCUCAACGACCGGCACAGCCAAAGUCCGAUCCCUGUAAAUGGUGUGGGUCGAUGCGAUUCCACCCGAGGAUAGAAUGCCCUGCACAGGGGAAAGUCUGUAGCCAGUGUGGGAAACUGGGCCAUUUCGCGUCAGUCUGCCGGACUACACCGGCGCCGAAGCCAGCAUCCGGUCGCGGACGGCGUGGUCAGCGCCCCAAGCAAUCGCGGAGAGCGCUCGAAGAGGUAUUCCUCGAUGGUCUACAGCAUCCCUCAUCGUCAGACGCCUGGUUUAUUACGAUCCUUGUCAACGGCAGACCAAUCAAGUUUAAGGUUGACACCGGAGCAGACGUCACGGCCGUGCCAGAGUCAGCCCUGUAUCCAGAGACGCGACGCUUUGCGACACGUCCUACGAAGAGGCUCUACGGCCCCGGCAAGUCCCUGAUAAACACUCUGGGUCAAGUACACGUCGACAUGAGCUGGAACGGCAAGACGACCAACCAGGAAGUCUUCAUCGUCGACGGCCUACAACACUCUCUGCUAGGUCGACCAGCCAUCAAGGCCUUGGAGGUUCUCCCUCCACUUCUCGAAAUCGGACACGAUCACGGACACGACUGCAUUGCGUCAAUGUACCCCGAGCUCUUUGGAGGCCUAGGACUGAUGAAGGCAACAUACAGCAUUCACCUUGUUCCGGGACCGAGGCCAUAUACAGUAACGUAUCCAAGACGUGUAGCACUUCCAUUGCUACCGAGUGUACAAGCCGAAAUACACCGAAUGGAAGGGCUGGGCGUAAUUCAAAAGGUAGAGCACGCCACGGAAUGGUGCGCACCGAUGGUAGUUGUAAGGAAAAAGAACGGCAAGCUACGCAUAUGUGUUGACUUCGGCGAGCUCAACAAGCAAGUCGUCCGUGAGCGCGUGAUCAUGCCGACGGUAGAAGAGAACCUCAGCAAAAUCACGGAAGCUAAGGUGUUCAGCAAGCUCGACGCCAAUGCUGGAUAUUGGCAAGCCCCCCUAUCACGAGAAAGUCGCGAACUGACCACCUUCAUCACCCCGUUCGGAAGAUACCAGUUUCUUCGUCUGCCCUUUGGUAUCGCGACUGCCCCGGAAUUUUUCCAACGAGAGAUGUCACGGAUACUUCAAGACCUCGACGGUACUGUGUGCCAUAUGGAUGAUGUCUUGAUCUACGGGAAAAAUCAAGAACAACAUGACAGGCGUCUCCAUGCAGCGUUGCGUAAACUCUCAGACGCGGGCAUCACCCUCAACGAGGAGAAAUGCCAGUUCACUAGGACCAGGAUACACUUUCUGGGUCACGUUCUGGACGAACGGGGGAUCUAUGUUGACCCUGAGAAGACCGAAGCCAUACGCAAGAUGCGGGCACCGGAGUCUGCUAGUGAGCUACGGUCGCUCUUCGGGAUGCUUACGCACUUGAUGAAGUUCCUUCCGGGGUUGGCCGAAAAGACGAAAGUACUUCGUGAACUCCUUUCUUCGGAUGCCGCUUGGUACUGGGGUCCACAGCACGAGCAAUCGUUCAAACAGAUCAAGAAGGAUCUCACAACCAGUCCCAUUCUGGCGUACUACUCUCCGUUGCGACCACACACUUUGUCCGUGGACGCGUCGUCCUACGGCCUCGGAGCGGUGCUGCUCCAGGAGGAAACUGAUGGUCGACGUCAUCCAGUUGCGUAUGCGUCGAGGCUCCUGACUCCGACUGAGCAACGGUAUGCACAGGUAGAGAAAGAAGCUCUUGCGGUGACGUGGGCAUGCGAAAAGUUUCGUAUGUAUGUCCUGGGCCUUCGCUUUCAAGUGGAGUCUGACCACAAACCCCUCGUGCAAAUCUUUAACACCAAGAGGCUCGACGACCUCACUCCGCGCCUACAACGAUUGCGUAUGCGGACUCUGGAAUACGACUUCUUUGUGACGUUCGUACCGGGGAAGCAGCUAUACACAGCGGAUGUCCUGUCAAGAAAUCCACUUUCGCGCACCGACGACGUUGGCGGCAACUUGGAGUCGGUAGUGGCAGAAUACGAAAUCCUCACCGUCGAGAUCUUACCUGCGUCUCACACCAUGCUGUCACGCAUAAGGGACGCCCUGAAGAAAGAUGCGACCCUUCAUCAAGUCAUGGAGUACUGUGAGACACAGUGGCCUGAGGUCAGUACUCUUCCAGAAGACGUACGGAAAUACGUCAGCGUGGCUGACGAACUUUCGGUGGUACGGGGACUUCUGCUUCGAGGCUCCCGCUUAGUUGUACCACCAGUCCUCAGAAACGAAAUUCUUGAGCGUUUGCACACGGGACACCAGGGAAUAACCAGGUGCAGAGCAAGGGCCCGUGAAUCGACGUGGUGGCCUGGCAUCAACAAUCACCUGCAGGACUACAUCCAGAGGUGUCCGACUUGCCAAUCACACAGGGCACCUGGGACGGAGCCGCUGCUGCAGACCCCUCUCCCAGAGCGUCCGUGGCAAGUGAUAGGGAUGGACAUUUUCUACGCCAACCGUAAAAAUUACCUGGUAGUAGUAGACUAUUUCUCGAAGUUUUUCGAGGUUGUUAGGCUGAAGACUACCACGACAGCCGACGUCAUCUCUGAGUUGGCGCCAAUGUUCGCACGCUAUGGAAUUCCAGAUAUCGUUCGUUCGGACAACGGCCCGCAGUUUACUGCGGCGGAAUUCCUACGGUUCUUGGUCACCCAGGGGGCCAAACUUGUGACGUCAAGUCCACACUUUCCGCAAAGUAACGGACAGGCGGAACGCACAGUACAAACGGCUAAGGCUCUCCUGUCCAAAGCUCCAGAUAUUGACAGAGCGCUCCUGGCGCAUCGAAGUACACCAGGGGCAUGUGGCUACUCUCCGGCAGAGCUCCUCAUGGGUCGACGUCUCAAGACCAACGUUCCAGUCAAUCCAGCUUCACUUGUUCCACCAUGGCCCCAGGUUCGAAAGUACCGGAGGCGGUACAAGAAGCUCCAACGCUCCCAGGCGCAGGGGUACGACAGCCGACAUCGCGCAACGGAGCGACCUCAACUAAAACCAGGAACAGCGGUUCGCAUCCUAGCCGGCGCUGCUGCACACGGCACCGUGAUCGGACAUGCGGAUACACCAAGAUCGUACAUGGUCAGGACCGAAACUGGCCUAGCAAGACGGACCCGAACACACCUGCAGGAGACAACUCCCACGGGGGAUGCCUCCAUACAUGCCGAAAGAACGUCGGGACAACCGCCAGUGACAAGGGGACAAAACAGCGGACAGUCAGUGACCCAAACCAGAUCAGGGCGACUGGUGAAAAAACCAGAACGUUACGGGUAUGGGGACUGUUCGUAA